UUGUGAAAGAGCUUCCGGGUGAGUUGCAUUGUGCCGCCGUGCGCCGUCUUUACCGUGUGUAUCGUGUUUAUUCUGUUGUUUUAUACAAUGGACUGUCGGGUUCUCACAGCAGGAACACAAAGACCACAUCGCAGGAUUUAUACUACUAAUAAUUCUACUCAUUUUCUCUCAAAAUAUCAGAAUGUGCAGAUCCGUGAUCCGAAACCCGCUCUUAUGUUUAUAGAUAAACCCAUUUAUUAACUUAAAAUCCAGCGGACAAAAAAUAAGAAAUGCUUGUUUUAGACUUUCGGGACUUGUUGCUGGUUCCGUUAACUUUCCUCUAUGAGUGAUUCAUGAUAUUCGGAUUAAGUUAAUUACAGAAAGGGGAUUUCUGGGGAUGUUUCGGUUUCGUGGAAACAGAAACCGCCUCCAGUUUCAUGGAAAUCACGGGGAAUCCCGCGGGUUGUUUUUACUUUCGUUCCGCUUAAUAAUGUUUUAUUUGUUUAUCUUAAGCAAGAGGCGAACGCAUAAAAUGACAUUACACAAACAUGUUAUUGUAUCAGUAAAGUAUUAAAACUUCUAUUAAGCAUUCUGCUCUUUCCUUUUCUCGCUGUCUCGUCCUCACAAAGUAACGCGAGACUUCACUAAAAACACUAUAAACGCGACAUAAUGCUUUUACGCCGGGUUAAACUAGCGAAGCGGAAUACGGACAGAGGUCGCCGCACUGUGACCUUUGCGUGGAGCGCGAGGACGCCGCGUCGCGUGCUUUUGGUUUCACUGCGUUGGCGGAGUUCAUAUAAAUGGAGCCGCGUUGGAACAUCUCACAUCGCCAUCAUGCUGCCACGUACCAGGACGCUGACCCUGCUGCUGUCACUGAGCGUGGCUCUCAGCGAGGCGCUGCUGGAGGUCCGGGUGCUGCUGGGGGACGACUGUGUUCUCCGGUGCCCCGCUGAGGACCGGCCCGGCGUGCAGUACUUAUCGGUGAAGUGGUUCAAGGAGGGAACGCCGCCGGCGUCCCGCCUCACCGGCGUCCUGACCCGCGACCUCGCCAACGGCACCGUGCGGCGAUACCUCGGCAUGCAGCGAGCGGCGGAGCUUCGCGGCGAGUCCCGCGACCUCCACCUGCCCAACGCCACGUGCGCCGACGCCGGCUACUACGUGUGUCACCUGUCGGCGCCGGUUGGCGAGCAGAACCGCGAGGGCCGGGUGCUCCUCACGCCGACAGAUUGUCCCGCAGAGGACCGGCUGACGGACACGUACCUGGUUGUCCUGGCGAUGUUGGGGCUGAUGUUUGCCCUGGUGAUUUUCCUCAUCAGCUACGUCAUUUUAAAGAACGUCCUCAAAGACAGAAACAGGACGCCGAAAAAAGUGACUUUUCGGGACGCGCCGCUCGGACCGCUGAACGAGGACGACCUCCGGUCCAUUUAUACGCUGGGUCCUAAAGGGUCCCACAAGGUCCUCAAAGGUCUUCAAGGGUCCUCAAGGGUGCUUGUGUGAGAGUGUGUGUGUGUGUGUGUGUGUGUGUGUGUGUGUGUGUGUGUGUGUGUGUGUGCGUGUGUGUGUGUGCUAAAGUAUUUAUGAACUUGUUCUUUCUCAAACCCGUAAAAUGUGAAAGCUUAUCUUUGUAUCAGUGUAUUUGUUAAACAUGUAUAUACAUACAUAUUUUUUUUACGUCAUUGACUGCUGACUCUUCGUUUUUUCUCUGAACGGCAAAAACCGCCGGCGUGAUUGAAAAUAGCGUUUUCUUUAAAACUACUUGUUCGUCCUCUUCAGGUUUCUACUUUACAAUUUAAUCAGAUCCUGAAAGAAGUUUUAAUCCUGAGCUACUCGACGUCAAGACUUUCGUUGUGGGACAAAUAAAAGAAUAUCUUAUUUUAUUGACUCAGACCAGCUGUCAUGUGACCAUAAAUCAGAGACAUUGCAGAAGGGACCACAGACAGGAGACGCUGCUAUUUAAUGUUAGUAGUUAAGUAUCACUACUACUCUACUUCCUGUCUCCAAACAGAAGCCAGACUUUUAUGUUUUAUGUUAUGAGUUCUAAAACUCCCUGUGUGGGCAGCAGAGGGGAACUCGGAGGAGGCCACGGGGGACCCCCUCAGUGGGGAGACCCCUCAGUGGGGAGACCCCUCAGUGGGGAGACCCCUCAGUGGGGAGACCCCUCAGUGGGGGACCUUUGUGAUCCCAUGAAUGCAAAAUGUGUGACUUCUGCUGGUCCUCGUGUUCUCUGCUUGACUUUGCAUGUCGAGCAUUAAUAAGGAGAGAAGAAGAGGAACAAGGUUACGUAGUUUUGCACAAAAGGAUCCGCUGAAACGUUUGGACUCCUCAUCAUUGUUGUUGUUUAUUUGUGAUCGGUGUGACCUCGUGUUCUUGUCUUCAUGGAUGGUGGCGGCUGAGAUUUGAAUCUAGAAAUCACGUUGAAUUAAAGACGCUAGCAUAGAAAUUGUGUUUGACAUUUGAAUAGUUUUAACAUUCUGACCCCAUAAAGACGAAGUGUGUUGAAGAAGAAAAAGCUGUUUGUUCAUAAAACGUAAAUCUGUA